CCGCCCCAUUGAUAGGUCCUUACACCAUGUAAACUGGUGGCACAAACAGCAAACCAAUGGAUUCAUUGAAGUGAAGAAAUCAAGAAAACGGAGAAGAAGCAGUAGAAUCAGUAUUGCUUGGGCGACUAGGAAUUGAAGCGGUGUUACAAGGGUAAAAUGAAAUUCUGGGAUUGGUAUCUGAAAAUUGCUGUUGUUUCGGCCAUGAUUGGAGGUUCCAUGGAGUUUUUCAUGAUAAAGACUGGAUUUUAUGAUAAGGUGACUGUUCUAGAAGCGGAAAAGAGAGCGUGGGAGAAUUCUCCUGAAGCCAAGGCUGUAAGAGAAGCUCUUAAUCCAUGGAGACAUCAGGAUGCAGAAGCAAGCAAGGAUUCUUAACUCUGUCACUUCUGUUAGGGAAUUAUAAGGCAAUUCUCAAAUUGGCUUUGAAGGAAAAUUGUCCUGACGUAGUGCUUUUUUGAGCUUGCUCUUAUUGAUGUUUCUCAUCGAUGUUUGUUGAAGAGCGUGUUACAACUUACAACUUACAACUGAUUGUUUCACCAGCUUGGUAGCCAUUUCACUUCGCAUAUGAUGGACAAGUUCUAUGAAGGCAAUUGGGCAUAUUUCAAAUUGUAGAACUAGUGGAACCCUACUUGUUGUUUUCCUUGCUCUCUCAAGAUUUUAGUUAUUUGCUUUCCUGGAUCUGCGUGGGUAAGAGAAACAAUCAGUUGCACCUCUGAGAAAUAUAGUGGACUAGAUAGCCAUUUGACGAUAUGUAUUUGUUCCACUAAUGUUUGUUUUUCUCCCCCUUAUUGUGUGUGGGAGAGGGUUGAUUUAUACCUUUGCUCCUCUCAUAGUUCCUUUAAACGUUGAACCACAGAACACUAUUCUCGUGAUCUUCCUCAUUUUAUGCAGGAACCAAGAAUAUCACAAGGAAUGGCUGCAUCAUGACCCAAGAUUUAUUGGGCGUUCAUCUCUGAUCGCAACCUUAGUAGAUGUAGAUUAAGGCGAUAGAGCUGGAGAACUUAACCUCUCCUUUUGAAUACUUUGGAUUAAUCAAGAGUAAUGUACCUCUGUUGUACUCAGUUUUUAUGAUCUCAGUGAGAUAAUUAGCUCACUGGUGAAUAAGGCUUCUUUGCUUUGCAUUCAAA